CCGGCUGGUGGUUCAAGGAUUAACUCGUCAUUUUAUAACCCGAACAAAUACAUAAAAGACAAAAGAGUCUCAUACGCACAGAUCGUUCGGUACUCAUCCAACCACAUAAAAUUCGAAACCCGUCGUUUAGAAGUACAUACAGUAUAGUUUAGCCGUGAAAGGAGUAGAAAGAGAAUGGCCAAGCCAGCAUUGAAGUCAAUACUAUAAGCAAAGAAAUGAUACCUUUACAGCUCCUGUCUCCUUUACCUGCUCUGCAAAUUUCCAAUUUUUAUUCGACACCUACCUCAAUUCCUUUGUCCAAACCGUACAAGAACUCUAACUUCGAAAUUCUUAAUCUUCGCGAUUCAACACUUACCCACAUCACCUCGCUCCCUAAAAACCAUAACCCAAUUCUCAAAAGCCCCAAAUUUGCUCAAUUUCGAAGGCUAACUUGCUAUGGAAUAAAGAAUUCUGGUGAGGAGACCAGCACAGCGAUUGGUUCAGGUGGCGGCAGUGGCGGUGAUGACGGAGGUGGUGGUGGGGAUGAUGGUGAUGAGGAGGUGAAGAAAAAAGAUGGGCUUUUGCCAGAGUGGUUGGAUUUUACUUCUGAUGAUGCAAAGACUGUGUUUAUUGCUCUGGCAGUUUCGCUUGCUUUUCGGUCUUUUAUAGCUGAGCCUAGGUACAUUCCUUCAUUGUCUAUGUAUCCAACUUUUGAUGUUGGUGAUAGAGUAGUUGCUGAGAAGGUUUCAUAUUAUUUCAGAAAGCCUUGUGCAAAUGAUGUAGUGAUUUUUAAAAGUCCACCAGUUCUUCAGGAAGUUGGAUACACUGAUAAUGACGUCUUCAUUAAGCGAGUUGUUGCCAAGGAAGGUGACAUUGUGGAGGUUCGUGCAGGGAAGCUUUUAGUCAAUGGAGUUGAAAGGAAUGAAAACUUUAUUCUCGAAUCACCUUCUUAUGACAUGACACCAAUUCGUGUACCUGAGAACUCAGUUUUUGUGAUGGGUGACAAUCGCAAUAAUAGUUAUGAUUCACAUGUGUGGGGUCCUCUUCCAGCUAAGAAUAUAAUAGGAAGAUCAUUUUUUCGCUAUUGGCCUCCUAAUAGGAUUGGUGGAACGGUUCUUGAGACUGGCUGUGCUGUUGACAAGCAGGAGAGCAUUUCAACAUCGGAAAGCUUACCCUAAUGUAAAACCCCCCAAGCUCUUUUUCCUUGGUCUCCCUGUAUUGUCAAUUUUUUUUAUGUCUAUCAAUGUUCACUAGGAAGGCGAUUUUUAUAGGGAAUUAUUAUGUUUGGCCUAUUUCAAUGGCAUUAAUGAAAAUAGAUUGCGCAUUGUAUCAAUUGACACGACUCAAAUUAAAUCUCUAUCUGUUGAGGCUGAUAGGAAAGUUGCAAUGCCAAGUUUGGCCUUUCAAGAA